AUGCCUCCCUCACAUUCAUCUCGUCGGUCUUCUGCCCAUCCCUCCCGAGAGUCCCUCCGCGAAACCCUCGACCCAGCCGAUUCCAGCCGUCGUUCGAGACUUGACUCGGACGCUGCCCCCGAACACGGCUUGUCUGAGAGCUUCGACUCCUUCCAGUCCACCGACACGGUGAGGAGAUGUCCCGACACAGCCUCUUACGUCUGUUUUGAGUCGGGCCUAAACCUGCCGACGACCGGGUCGAAUCCCAUGACCUCGAAGCAUCUGCUAACAGCGUCUCAACCUCAGACCCACGACCGUGGUCGCUCCCGCUCCUCGCAGCCGUCUCGAUCCCCCCUCCUCGGUGCCGAACGCGUCAAAUCCUCCCGAUCAAGAAAAGCUCCAAUGCCUCACCACUACCGCCGUCCGACCAAUCCAACCGCUCCCUACCGCGGUGAGGUUUUCUCCACCGAAGACGACAUCUCCGAGGUCGAGGCGGACGCCGCUGCGGAGCGUGAGCGUGAGCAACAGCAACAAGGCUACGGCUCACGGAGGAGACCCGGCCUCGCCAAUACCCUUUCCCGCGUCCACUCGCACCGCAGCACACUCGAAGAUGAUGACGCCUUGGAAAGAAGCACUCACUCGAUUACAAAUGAUCUCCAGGGUCUCGUCGACGACGGCUUGGAGGGCGAUGCACCUGAGGAAGUGUCUGACGACCAUUCUGACGGUGACAUAAGCGAUGCGGAAAGCUUCACCCUCAAGGACCGCCAACAGGCCAUCAACCAGACCCAUCCUUUCGGUAUACGGCUCUGGAAACCUGCACUAUAUAAGAAGGACCGGUCCGUUCAAAAGAAUGCCGAGGGAGAUAUUCAUUCCACCCCAGGAGGUAAAGUCAGCAGGUGGCUCCUCUUCUUCAACCUUCUCUGGACUCUCCUCUUUGGCUGGUGGAUGGCCGCUUUCUCCGCUCUCGGCGCCCUUGUCUGCUUUUUCUUCGCCGCCACCCCCAGCGGUAGGGCGUACGGCCGCGUUUUGUGGGGUCUCGCUGGCUACCUCUUCUACCCCUUCGGCAAGUUCGUGCGGCUGGCGCAGGACGAGGCCUACCUUGACGAAGACGAGGGCGAGGGUCGAAGCAUUUCCGAGUACGAGCAGUGGCAGAGCGGAGACCUCGAGUACGGACGCCUAUUCUUCGGUCCCGAUCGGAACCGCUCCAUUAUUGGGCGUUCGCGGAGCAGUAUCGAUUCGGAGCCGGAUGAGACUGAUAGCCUGCUGGGACGGACUCGACGGGGCGAGCGUAGCGAGACUCCUCCGAGGCUUAAGAGGCGCCUCUUCGGUCGUGGCCAGUGGAACAUUGGCCGCGUCGUCUUCUUCUCUGUCUUCUACGCCUUGCUGACGCCGUCGCUGAUCAUGGUGUCGCUCAUCUGCUGGUUUUUCGUCUUCACCAUCCCCAUGGGCAAGGUGACCAUGUUGCUUUUUGACCACGUCCGGCGUCACCCGCUGGCCUUGUCUUUCGAGUCGGAUGUUAACGCCGCUCGUCUCUCUGGCACGCAGCAUUCGUCCAUUCUGCUGUGCACUUACCGCGCCGUUGGCAGCCGCUACUGGAAGUACACCGUCGACGGGACCAACAUCUUUCUCAUCAACCUCAUGGGGGUCGUUGUCUUCGUCAUGUUUGACUGGCUCGUUCUCCAUGAUAUCCUUCACAUCGAAUCGCCCCUCACCUCGCCGGCUUUCCUGUUUGUCAUGGGUCUUCUAUCGACUAUUCCCUUGGCCUACUUCAUCGGCCAGGCUGUGGCCUCCAUUUCCGCUCAGUCCUCGAUGGGCUUGGGCGCAGCCGUCAAUGCCUUCUUCUCCACCGUCGUCGAGGUGUUCCUCUACUGCGAGGCCCUCAAGCAGGGCAAGGGGCACCUGGUAGAGGGAAGUAUAGUGGGGAGCAUAUUCACCGGCAUUCUCUUCCUCCCCGGACUCUCCAUGUGCUUCGGCGCCAUCAAACGCAAGACGCAGCGGUUCAACGCCCGCUCAGCCGGCGUUACAUCUACCAUGUUGCUCUUUGCUGUCAUCGGCGCCUUUGGCCCUACCCUGUUCUAUCAGGUCUACGGCACUCACGAGAUGAACUGUCUCGACUGCGUCGAUUACGGAAGCGGCGAUGCGUCGACGCCAGGCGGUGGCACUGACGGUAGGGACUGCCGACGGUGCUACUUCUCGCAAGCGCCCACGCUCGACGAUCGUUUCUACCUCGAGGCCGUGCGUCCGUUUAGCUACUUCUGCGCUUGCCUGCUCUUCCUCUCCUAUAUCCUAGGGCUGUGGUUCACUCUGCGGACGCACGCCGCGGUGAUCUGGAACACCGAUGGCGACGAGAAGAAGCACGAAGAACCUGCAGCGCAUAGCUCCGGCAGACAACCUGUUCCCCAGCCCUCGGCCGAGACCACUGGGCUGUCUGCAGACAUCCGCGAGUCGAACCUGUACAAGCGAGUGCUUGGGCACACGCAGAAGCAGGUCGGGCUGUCGUCUCGAUCCGAGGACGACACCCGACAGAGUUCCACACUGGGUACAGCCGUCUCGGACCCCAACGGCGUGGGGGCUACGCCCCACCAAGUGCCGCCCAAGGGCAGCGGCGGCGCCGGCGAUGCGGUGAAUUCUAGAAUGCAUUUCCCCGGGUUCUCGGAAGCCGACAACACGCAGCUAGCUCGCGAGGUGGCGGAAAUCGCAGCCACAGCGGCCACGGCGGCCACGUACGCGGCCCGCGAGGUCCGUUUUCCCGGUGGCCGUGUCUCGGCGACGCCUCGCGCUCCACCCCGGACCGGAACGAUCCCCAUCGAGGAAGAGGCGACGACGGCUGUGGCCCACGCCGGUGGACACGGAGGGCAUGACGCGCCCAACUGGAGCAAGUUGAAGAGUUCGGUCAUCCUCUUGGGAGCUACCCUAAUGUACUCCAUUGUGGCCGAGGUCCUGGUCAGCACGGUUGAUGUCGUUCUGGAGGGGUUUGCCAUCGACGAGAAGUUUUUGGGAAUUACGUUGUUCGCCUUGGUACCGAACACCACUGAAUUCCUGAACGCCAUCUCGUUCGCCAUGAACGGCAAUAUCGCCCUCUCCAUGGAGAUCGGUUCCGCAUACGCACUUCAAGUCUGUCUCCUGCAAAUCCCGGCGCUGGUCCUCUUCUCUGCCGUCUAUCCUCUCGAAGUCAGCGGCGACGACGUCCUUGAUCGGUAUACAUUCUCCCUGCUGUUUCCACAGUGGGACAUGAUCCUCGUCAUCCUAUGCGUCUUUCUUCUGAGCUACAUGUACGGAGAGGGCAAGAGCAACUACUUCAAGGGCAGCAUCCUUGUUCUGUCAUACCUUGUGGUUGUUGUCGGGUAUUACCUGUCGGGGUAUGCCGAAGACAUCAUGGGCGCGGACAGAUUUGACGUGAUGGGGCGCGAUGGGGCGUACAGGAACUUCAAGACUGUGGGCCGUCGGAGCAGCGGGUUCGCGCUUGCAGUGUGA